CUCACAUCUCCCAUAGGUGAGCACCGGUCACUUCAUUCGCAGACAGGCAGGCAGGCAGGCAGGCACCACACACACGCACAUCAAUCAAUCCAUGCUGUAAAACCAACAGCGAGCAGCACCGCUGGCACAUAUGUGACCAUUGGCCUGCAUUUCUUCACACCGCCCACCGCACCCACCGCACGCACCCUCAGCCCCCUGAAAAAGCUUGACCCUGCCUGGCUGUGUCUUCUAGCCUUAAAUUCCCCCACUCGCACACAAACACAGAAAGAAAACCCCAACCGGCCGCCGCGCAAGGGAAAAACAAAGCGCGCCAGGGAGAGAGAGGGAUAGAUCGGCAAAGGCAGACAGCAGACGCAAUCGAGUAGACCGUCAUUCAUCCCCCCCUCUCGGCUCCUGCCGGUUUCUAUGUCGCCGUAUUGACGGCGACCGGUCGGUCAUGGUGUCGUGAAAGCCGGGUGGGAGGGGGUGAUGCCGUUGCUGUUGCUGGGGUGUAUGUGGGUGCCUCUCACUGUCGUUUGUGGGGCCACAGGGGGUGGAUGUAGUGGGGGUGGGGGGCGAUGAUGCCUCGUCGCUGCUGCUGGUGGCGGCAUCGCUUGCAUCGUCAGGUAUGGCGAUGCCGUACUCGGUCUCGAUCCUGUAGCAGAUGAGGUCCUCGAUAGUCGUCAUCACCAAACCGUGACGCCUCGCAAAAUCCUGACAUACACACACACAACAUACGUGCACGAAUAGCUGUUGUGUGUGUGUUCUGCUCACCUUUAGCUCAUCCAUCCUGGCCAUGUCCGUGGGAUCCCUCGCAGAGACGAUCUCUCCGAUGACCGACACGGGCUGCAGGCCAGCCAGCCGCGUGAGGUCCACCGACGCCUCCGUGUGGCCGCCCCUCGUGAACACACCGCCGUCUCUAUAUCUCAGAGGGAACACGUGGCCCGGCCGGAUGAAGUCGCCCGCAUCUGCCGACGGGUCGGCGAGCCGCCGGAUCGUCAGGGCUCGGUCGCGUGACGAGAUGCCUGCAGAGGGAGAAGACACGGCCGACACAUUUGGUUCAUGUGUCUGUAGUAUGUCUGUGUGGGUACAUGGGGGCACUCACUGACCUGUUGAUCCGUUGUCUAUGUCGCACGAGAGUGAGAAGGCGGUCUGUCGUGGGUCCUGGUUGUGCGUCCGCAUUGGGGGGAGGUUGAGGGCGUCCAGCCGGCUGCCCUCCAUCGGCACGCACAACACUCCACUCGUGUGACGAACCUGAGAAGAACCACACGCACGCCCACAUGACAUGAGCGUUGCAGUGCCAUGGGUGUGUGCAGCACUGGCCGUCUCACCCACCAUGAAUGCUAUGUCCUCGGGCGUGGCUUUCUCCGCCGCCAUAAUGAGGUCCCCCUCGUUCUCGCGCUUCUCGUCGUCAGUGACGAUCACCAUGCCACCCUCCCGCAGCGCCCGUAUCGCCUCCUCGACCGACGUCCUGCCGAGUCGCCACCUCUUGGUGCUCAGGUCAAGAUCCACGCCGUGGUACACCUGCACCGUCAUUCGCGGCGCUGCUGAUGGUGCUACUGAUGCUGCAGCUGGGCUGGAGCAGGGGAGGCCCGGCUUGUCGCCGCUUUGGGGGUCGUCUGGGCACUUGCGUGAUGGGGGUCGCUUGUUGGGCACGAUGGAGGGGUCUGUCAGCUGGAUGAAGGACGAUCCUCCUGUGGUGCUUGGCGGCCUGUCGUCAUCGGCGUCUUGUUCGGGCUCGUGGUGGUUGCUGAGCUGCCUGUCCUCGCUGUCGUCGGGUGGUGACUUGUGGUUGUUGACUUGCUUGAGUUGGAUGCCCUCCGCGGCGAGGUCCAGCUCCUCUGCGAUGUCUAGCUUGGCCUUUUUGGUCUGGUAGAGGAGAUCCUCCCAGUCCUCGAGAGGCAGCACGUGCAUCAUCCGCUGAGACUUGGUCUCCAGGUACUUCCGAUUGAAGUCGUUGGGCGACACCUGACACACACACACAGACGUGUCGCAAGUGAAUGUGUGUGUGUGGCGAGGAGAGGGAGGGUGUCUGUGUCUGUGUCUGUAUCUCACCCGCAGCGGGAUGAUGCCUUCGAUGUUGACGCCCAGCUGUAUGAGGUGCUUGACCUUGCGGGGGUUGUUGGUCAUCAGCACAAUCGACUCCACACCGAUGUCACGCAAGAUGAACGGCACCGACUCGUAUGAACGCGUGUCGUCCUCGAAGCCGAGAUGACGGUUGGCGUCCACCGUAUCCAUGCCCCUAUCUUGCAGUGCAUACGCCGCUGCACAAGACAGCACACCACCCACGACACAAUGAGCCGCCUUGCUUGCCUUCUCUCUCCGUGUGUGUUUGUUGUUGCCUCACCGAUUUUGUUAGCGAGUCCGAUGCCCCGUCCCUCCUGCUGCAAAUAGAUGACAGCCCCGUUGUUACGCCCCACAUACUCCAUGGCCAUGUCGAGCUGGUCCUUGCAGUCGCACCGCUUGGACCCCAGCGCUUCAGACGUCAUGCACUGGUCGUGCACACGCACCGGCACAUCCAUCCCGCCCUUGAGGUCGCCGUUGAUCAUCACCACUAUGUCGAACUGCUUGUCAGGCGCGAUGUGCUGGUAAGACCGGAGGCGGAACACGCCAUGGUCGGUGGGCAUCUCGCACUCCGACACGAACUUGGUGUAGAUCUUGGGGCCACCAUUGGGGAAGACCGCUGGCGGCGGGCAGGGGAUUCCUGAUUGCGGAGGCUCGGCCGCUCCAUCGAAAUUGGAGAUCCGCCGACUCACUUCGGGCAGCACUGGUGUGGUGUGGGCGUCGCGCAUGCGCAAGGGGACGAACGGCCGACCGAUGAAGUUGUGGACGGCGCUCGCGCGCCUCUGGUGCAGCCGAUGCAGUCCGCCCUUCAGGUCAGGACACGAUAGAAAGAGCGAUGAGGGGCACUCGCCUGGCGGCUGAGCGGCUGAGGACAGCAAGCUGUGGCACCACGCCAGCUGGCGAGAUGAGAAGCUCCACAGGCAGAUGAAUAAGAUCACCAGCGGCUGCCUCCUGACCGCGCCCCUUCCCCUCCUCCUUGGUCGUGCUGGGCAGUCACUCUCUGACGGUCGAGAGAUGCUCGAGUGCCGAGCAGGUCGCUCCUUCGCGCUGACGAGAGGAGGAGACACCCGUGUGGUCGAAGAGGCCGGUGAGCCGUCUGCAGGGGAUCCCGGAUCCGACCGUGGUGAGGGUGCCGACGUCAUAAAACGCACGCGGAAUGCCGAUUUCCCCACUUCCAUCGCUGCUGCCAGUGCUUCCGCUGCAAUCAGCUUUCUCGUCAAAAGCACGCACGCAGCAACACUCUCGGUGCUACGUGGAACGUCGCGACACUCUCCUGCAAACCCAAAGACAG